CGGAGCGCGACGCGGCCAGCACUUGGCGCUUCUUCACGGUGUCCGGGCGGCCCUGCCGCCACGGCACCGAAUGCACGCGCGAGCCCCUGGGCGGCUUCUGGGGCUGCGAGGUGGAGGGCGGCGACGCGGGCCAGUGGGACUACUGCUGCCGUCCCGACCACCGCUGCGGCUUCUCCGAGGGCUACGACUACCCCUGGUGUUACGUGGGAUCACACGGGCCUGAACAAUGGCGCCCGUGCAGCGAUCAUUACUUUCCCUACCAGCAUGGAGGUGGUUCUGGAGGACCAGGCGGUCCUG